CUUUCGUAAGCUGGUUUCCAUACAUCGGUGUCCUCGGGUUCAUUAAUAAACUGAGAUCUCGACUGAAUGGUAGGAAUUUGCGUCGAGUUUAUCCAGAACUCUCUGAUGAGGAACUAUACUUACAGGCAAGAAGGAACAUUAUCCGUGAGGAUCAAAGGAUUAAUUUUCCGGAUAUAUUUGAAUAUUUUGAAUUCUGCAAUAAGGCAGCCUAUACAAUUCCCAACCUUGUUAGUCAGUUAAAUAUUUAUCUUGACAGCCAGGGUAUCUUGCGUGUAAAGAGUAAAUUUUCAAGAUUCAAAGAUGAUGAGACCUUGCGUUUCCCAUUUCUUUUGGCUAAAAAUAGUAGGCUGACUAGCCUGAUAAUUUUAGACCUUCAUAAAUUGCACCUUCAUGCUGGAUGCUACAGACUUUUGACUGAAUUAAGGAAACUAUUCUGGGUACCCUGUUAUUUUUCUGUUGUGAAGAAGGUUCUCAAAGACUGUAUUACUUGCAGAAAAAUUAACCAACGUACAAUAAAGUUAAAUCAGUCUCCAUACAAAGAAUUUAGGCUAAAUCCUCCAAACAUCCCAUUCCGGUCCAUAUUUCUUGAUCAUUUGGGACACUAUUUUGUGAAAUAUAAUGGAAGGAAAAUCAAAGUUUGGAUUCUAUGCAUUACAUGUCUUUGGACUCGAGCCGUGAAUUUAAAAAUUUGUUUCGAUCUCGGCACUAAGGAAUUUUUGAGGGCUUUGCAGCUUCAUUCCUUUGAAUACGGUAUACCUCAAUCUUGCAUAUCAGACCAUGGAUCUUCAUUUGUUGCUGGCGCAAACAUCAUAAAGGACCUCCUAAGACGCUCUGAAAUACAAACUUAUUUUGAAGAACAUGGUGUGAAGUCUUUCACAUUUGAUCAUUAUGCAAAAGGAUGCCAUCCUUUAGGUGGACUAGUGGAAAUGUGUGUCAAAGUGGUAAGGCAAUUGCUGAGGUGUUCCAGCAAGAAUUAUGUUCUUUAUCACCGAGACUUUGAGUUCAUGGUUUCACAGAUAAUUCAUAUGAUGAACAGACGUCCCAUUGCCUUCCACGAGGCUAUUCGUGACGAAGGCAGCGAGACUAUACCAGAUCCGAUUACUCUAGAGAAGCUUAUGUCUGUAAAUCUCAUUCCAGAGUUGAAUCCUGGACCAGAUAAGGAUCCUGGCUGGUCGACAAAUGUUGAUGCCGUGAGUAAGGCUCAAGAAAGCUAUGCGAAACUCAAUAGGAUAAGAAAUGCCCUUAAUGAAACUUAUCAUUCAGAAUUUUUGAAUACUUUGAUGAAACAGCCCGUAAAUAAUAAGAAUAGGUAUAAACCUGUUACUCAUCACAGACUUAAUAAGGGUGACAUUGUCUUAAUGAAAGUAGAAAACAUUAAACCUAUCAAUUUUCCUAUGGCUGUUGUCCAGGAUGUAACAAUCAAUAUAAAUGGAGAAGUCACAGAUGCUAUUCUUAUGAAAGGAAACACUAUGGAAAAUAUAAAAUGCCAUGUGACUUCUCUAAUUCCAAUUUUGAGUCGAAAGAUGUCCUCCAAUACUGAAGAGCAAAUUAGUCGGGACCUAAUUCUGAACUCUGGUCCAAGUGUAGAAACCGGAAAUGAAUCCAGAAUAAGGAAAGCUUCAAAAGCGAUUGGAGUCUUGGAGAGUUGACUGGUCGGUGUGCACCAGGACAGUCAGUGUGUCAGUUGGUGGUUGUACACUAUUACUUCAUCCUGAUUCAUUAUUAUUAAUAUGGCAAGCUAAAACCUUAGCGGCCGAGGAUGGCUCAUGGACUUGGACGUCAGGAUGGCAGCAAGCUUAAUAACACCUUUUUUCCGACCUACGUGUAGUCCAUUCCACCACGGGACUUUGGAAUCUCACUUCAGCGGAUCGAGACUAAUGAAGAUGCGAGUACAAUGAGUUAAUGCAAGUUCAAGUACUGUCCGAUCAUUAGUUUUUUUUUUUUUUUCGUAUCAACUGUGAUCCCCCAUCACGCUCAUUAAAUAAAUUAAAAGGACCUAAAGAAUAUUUAACAUCAAAUUUAUCAUUAUACAUCAACUUAAAUUUUAUUAAGCUCAAUAACCUAUCUCAUUAUUCAAUGCUAUCCGAUAACAAAUUUUUGCGUUUCUCUUUCAUUUGUUUUUACGUAAUUCAUCAAAUAGAAAGGGAUGUUGAAUAGUUAUUUUUCUUCGACGUAAUUUAAACACUUGUAGAUUUUUUUCGACCAUUUAUAAUUUAUAAUUUGCUUUAUAUGUAAAUAAAUUCUGCAUAUAAAGUAUUACUGACCUAUAAUCUUUAUAUCGAUAAUUUUUAUCUUGUUUGUGUUGUCAGGUCCUUGUAUUUCCUUUGAUAAUUAAUGGACGUCGGGAGGAGGAAGUUUGCUUCCCUCACUUUUGACGGGUUCCUUCUCAAGACGGAGAGUGCAGUGACUCACUCCUUUCACGCCAUUCCUUCGGAAUAACUUCAGUUUUUCGCUAUUUCAUAUAUAGAUAAUUGUCAUUAUUGUUAAUAGUUAACUAUCUUAAUCAUGUCUUGUUAAUUGUUAAUUAAAUAUAAUUUGAA